AUGAUAACAGGGCGGAAGAAAGACUCGCUUUGGCGGAACUUUAUAGAAAUUCCAGCCUCUUCGAGUUCUACCACUGGAGUUGGCGGAAAGACAGCCAGGGCGCAAUGCAAGCAUUGCAGGACAAACAUAGUGGGCCUGAUUGCUCGUAUGAGAACACAUUUGGAAAAGUGUUCAGAUUAUGCAUCUAAAAAUUCGAGUGCAUCAACCUCUUCGAGAAUACAAAUCUGUGAAAAUGAUUCAAGUGAUGAUGCACAUUUCGCUGCUUAUAUAUUAGGCCCCAAUUAUAAUGGAGAUGGUCUAUCAGAAGAGGAGGACACAAUAGGCAUGGAAUUUUUAGAUUCAAGCUGUCCGAAUGCCAUGAAAGAUGUCCUGGCGUACCGUGCGAGGAGUUAUCCUUUUUUGGAGUACAUGUUUAAAAAAAUACCUUUUAAUAAAAACGCAUGUGUCUGUGUGGUGGAAAUCAGAAUUGAAAGGUUAUUCUCGUCAUUCGGACUGGUACAUUCAAAAUUAAGAAACAAGCUCGGCACUGAGAAAGCUGCUAAAUUGGUUGCAAUUAUGAGGGCUCUUAACCAAUAUGGUUCGCUCGAGAAACUUCAGAUCAUGGAAGUUGAGGGUUGA